CCUGUGGUGACCACUUUGUUUAAUAACGGGAAAUCCGUUGGAAAAGCCCUAAGAAACGGGCCGGAAGUAUUCAAUGAAUUCCAGAAUGAAUUACCAACUACAAUUCAACUUGAUACGUCGACUUUCGAAAUGUCAGGAUACUCUCCAACGUACUUUGUGUUCAGGUACAGUGACCUCUGCUACCAGAGAUUGCACGUUGGAUCACGAUGUUACAAUCCAAGCCCGUCCUUACGAAGAAAUCCCGGGACCGAGACCUAUUCCAUUUCUUGGAAACACGUGGCGUUUGUUCCCGGUGAUAGGACAGUAUCAAAUUUCGGACAUGGCCAAAGUUUCGCAGAUAUUCUACGAUGAAUAUGGGAAAAUCGUCCGUUUGACUGGAUUGAUAGGUAGACCAGAUUUGUUGUUUGUCUACGAUGCUGAUGAGAUAGAAAAAAUCUAUAGACAGGAAGGACCUACACCUUUUAGACCGUCAAUGCCGUGUUUGGUUCAUUACAAAAGCGUCGUUAGGAAGGAUUUCUUCGGCGAUUUACCUGGGGUCGUUGGAGUGCACGGAGAACCGUGGCGUGAAUUUCGUACACGGGUCCAAAAACCAGUUCUUCAGCCACAAACCGUAAGAAAGUAUAUAACGCCAAUUGAAGUGGUCACGUCUGACUUCAUAAAGAGAAUGGAGGAAAUCAAAGGAGAGGAUGGAGAAUUGCCAAAAGAUUUUGACAAUGAAAUACAUAAAUGGGCUUUAGAAUGUAUAGGUAGAGUUGCCCUUGAUGUAAGAUUAGGAUGCCUAGGAGGUAACUUGACUCCAGAUUCAGAACCUCAGAAGAUCAUCGAUGGGGCAAAGUUUGCCUUGAGGAAUGUAGCUGUGCUUGAAUUAAAAGCUCCAUAUUGGAGAUAUAUACCAACUCCUCUCUGGUCAAGAUAUGUACGCAAUAUGAAUUAUUUCCUCGAAGUGUGCAUGAAAUACAUUGACGCAGCAGUAGAAAGAUUGAAAACUAAGAAAUCUGUGGACGAAACUGAUCUGUCUUUAAUAGAAAGAAUCUUAGCUAAAGAAACUGAUCCCAAAAUGGCUUAUAUACUUGCAUUAGACUUGAUUUUAGUUGGAAUAGACACGAUUUCAAUGGCGGUUUGUUCUAUAUUGUAUCAAUUGGCAACCAGACCGGAGGAGCAGGAAAAGAUUUAUCAAGAACUGGUAGAGAUUCUUCCUGAUCCAUCUGUUCCUCUAACUACCAGCCAUCUGGACAAAGCAGUCUAUACAAAAGCUUUUAUCAGGGAAGUUUUCAGAGUGUAUUCUACAGUGAUUGGGAAUGGAAGAACAUUGCAAAACGAUACUAUAAUUUGUGGUUAUAGAAUACCAAAGGGUGUACAAGUAGUGUUCCCAACGGUGAUAACAGGAAACAUGGAAGAAUAUGUAACAGAUGCAAAAACAUUUAAGCCAGCAAGAUGGUUAAAGCAAUCUUCCAAUGAGAAGCUACAUCCUUUUGCAUCGUUACCUUACGGUCAUGGGGCACGCAUGUGUUUAGGUAGAAGAUUCGCCGAUUUAGAAAUGCAAGUCUUACUUGCUAAGCUCAUACGAUCAUAUAAAUUGGAGUACCAUCAUAAGCCGCUGCAGUACAAAGUCACAUUUAUGUACGCUCCUGAUGGCGAACUCAAAUUUAAACUACUACCGAGAUAACACCCAAUAUGCGAGAAGCUUUGUG